AUGGCUGCCACGGGCGCACGGGCAUCUUCGCGUCGGUGCUGCUUGGCCGGAUACACGGCAUCGACGCCGAGAAGGCUCUGCAGCUGUGCAAGCUCUACCACGAUUGCCGGCCCGACGUGGAGGGCAUCAGCGCCAAGUCCGUGCCCUCGCCCCAGACCCACGACCAACGCGCCCAAGUGGGUCGCCGCCAGUCGCCGCCCUUUGUCGCCAGUCGCCGCCAGUCGCCGCCCUUCGCCGCCAGUCGCCGCCAGUGGCCCCGUCCUUCGCCGUUGGUCGCCGCCAGUGGCCCCGUCCUUCGCCGUUGGUCGCCGCCAGUCGCCGCCCUUCGCCGUUGGUCGCCGCCAGUGGCCCCGUCCUUCGCCGUUGGUCGCCGCCAGUUGCCGUCCUUCGCCGUUGGUCGCCGCCAGUCGCCGCCUUCGCCGCCAGUCGCCGCCCCAGCCUUCGCCGUUGGUCGCCGCCAGUCACCGCCCCUGGUCUCCUCUGCCAGUCGCC